AUGCUGUUUCCACCCACAAAACUAAAAGGUUUGUGGGCGCUAGAGGAAUGUGAAAAUUAUCAUCCCAUUUACCUGGAUCAUCUGGGUUUCUUUGAGGUUUGUUUGGUCCUUGCUGAUUUCCUGGUUGACCUGGUUUUGAAUUUUGUUCUGUUGGGUUACUUGGUCUUCGUGGUGGGUAUCUUGUUCUUCCUGGUGGUUUACCUGGUGGCUUACUUGGUCUUCCUGGUGGUUUACUUGGUCUUCCUGGUGGUUUACUUGGUGGCUUAUUUGGCCCUCCUGGUGGUUUACUGGGCCAACCUGGCGGGUUAUCUGGUCUUUGUGGUGGGUUACUUGGUCUUCGUGGUGGGUAUCUUGUUCUUCCUGGUGGUUUACCUGGUGGCUUACUUGGUCUUCCUGGUGGUUUGCUGGGUCUUCCUGGUGGUUUACUGGUUACCUGGUCUUCGUGGUGGUUUACUGGGUCUUCGUGGUGGUUUACUGGGUCUUCGUGGUGGUUUACCUGGUCUUCCUGGAGGUUUACUGGGUCUUCGUGGUGGUUUACCUGGUCUUCCUGGUGGUUUACUGGGUUUUCCUGGUGGUUUACUGGGCCAACCUGGCGAGUUACCUGGUCUUCCUGGUGGUUUACUUGGUCUUCCUGGUGGUUUACUUGGUCUGCCUGGCGGGUUACUGGGUCUACCUGGCUUCGGGUUGCUUGGUCCUGAUGGGUUAUCAGGACUGCCUGGGUUCGGAUUCGGAUUUGGAUUAGAUGGAUUCCACUUUGGAUCAGUUGGACCUGAUGGUCUGCCUGGUGGUGUACCUGGUCUACCGAUAUUAACACACCUCGGUAUCGAGAUCCAAGUCCUUGAACGGCGAGCAGUAUUCAGAGGCGGCAAACAGAACGGGAGCAGACGACUUAUCGCAGUUGGUGAAGCAGUCGUAGAAAUCGCACGUGCCACUGUCUGCCGAACCUUCACACGCACCACGCUGAUUGUUACCUGUAAUAUGAACCUACUCUCACUUGGGUCAGCUGUAUUUAGAUCUGGAUUGGUUGGUUCCGGUGAAUUACCUGGUCUGGACGGGUUCGGGUUGUUUGGUUCUUGUGGAUUACUUGGUGUUCCUGGUGAACUGCCUGGAUCUGGAUUAGUUGGAUUCCAUUUAGGGUCAGCUGGGCCUGACGGAUUGCCUGGUCUAUCUGGGUUUGGAUUGCUUUGUCCUGGUGAGUCACCUGGUUUACCUGGGUUUGGGUUGCUUUGUCCUGGUGGGUUACCUGGUUUACUUGGGUUUGGGUUGCUUUGUCCUGGUGGGUUACCUGGGUUUGGGUCAGUUGGAUUCCAUUUUGGGUCACUUGGACCUGACGGAUUACCUGGCCUGACUGGAGGGCUGCCCGGACUACCUGGGUUUGGAUUAGGAUUAGAUGGAUACCACUCUGGAUCAGUUGGUCCUGUUGGAUUCGGGUUGCUUGGCCCAGGUGGGCUGCCUGGUUUACCUGGGUUUGGGUUGCUUUGUCCUGGUGGGUUACCUGGUUUACCUAGGUUUGGGUCAGUUGGAUUCCAUUUUGGAUCACUUGGACCUGGCGGAUUACCUGGCCUGACUGGAGGGCUGCCCGGACUACCUGGGUUUGGAUUAGGAUUAGAUGGAUUCCACUCUGGAUCAGUUGGUCCUGUUGGAUUCGGGUUGCUUGGCCCAGGUGGGCUGCCUGGUUUACUUGGGUUUGGGUUGCUUUGUCCUGGUGGGUUACCUGGGUUUGGAUCAGUUGGAUUCCAUUUUGGAUCACUUGGACCUGACGGAUUACCUGGCCUGACUGGAGGGCUGCCCGGACUACCUGGGUUUGGAUUAGGAUUAGAUGGAUUCCACUCUGGGUCGGUUGGCUCUGAUGGAUUCGGGUUGUUUGGUCCUGAUGGGUUUUCUGGUCUGCCUCCAGGCUUAUUAAGUUAUCUUACUGACCUCCGUGUCGAAGUCCCAGUCCUUGAACUCCGAGCAGUAGUCAGAGGCGGCAAACAGAACGGGGGCAGACGACUUGUCGCAGUUGGUGAAGCAGUCGUAGAAAUCGCACGUGCCGCUGUCUGGCGAACCAUUGCACGCAGCAGGUGGAUUGUUAUCUUAUUUCCAUCUGGAUUAGUUGGUUCCGGCGAAUUAACUGGUUUGGACGGGUUCGAGCUGUUUGGUUCUUGUGGAUUACUUGGUGUUCCUGGUGAACUGCCUGGGUCAGCUGGACCUGACGGGCUGCCUGGUCUACCUGGGUUUGGAUUACUUUGUUCUGGUGGGUUACCUGGUCUAUCUGGAUUAGGAUUAGAUGGAUUCCAUUUUGGGUCGGUUGGUCCUGAUGGAUUCGGGUUGCUUGGACCAGGUGGUCUGCCGGGUUUACUUGGGUUUGGGUUGUUUUGUCCUGGUGGGCUUCCUGGCCUACCUGGAUUCGGAUUAGUUGGAUUCCAUUUUGGGUCAGUUGGCCCUGAUGGAUUGCCUGGUCUACCUGGGUUUGGAUUAGGAUUAGAUGGAUUCCACUCUGGGUCAGUUGGUGCUGAUGGAUUCGGGUUGUUUUGUCCUGGUGGGCUGCCCGGCCUACCUGGAUUAGUUGGAUUCCAUUUUGGGUCAGUUCGCCCUGAUGGAUUGCCUGGUCUACCUGGGUUUGGAUUAGGAUUAGAUGGAUUCCACUCUGGGUCAGUUGGUGCUGAUGGAUUCGGGUUGUUUUGUCCUGGUGGGCUGCCCGGCCUACCUGGAUUAGUUGGAUUCCAUUUUGGGUCAGUUCGCCCUGAUGGAUUGCCUGGUCUACCUGGGUUUGGAUUAGGAUUAGAUGGAUUCCACUCUGGAUCGGUUGGUGCUGAUGGAUUCGGGUUGUUUUGUCCUGGCGGGCUGCCCGGCCUACCUGGAUUCCAUUUUGGAUCAGUUGGCCCUGAUGGAUUGCCUGGUCUACCUGGGUUUGGAUUAGGAUUAGAUGGAUUCCACUCUGGGUCAGUUGGUGCUGAUGGAUUCGGGUUGUUUUGUCCUGGUGGGCUGCCCGGUCUACCUGGAUUAGUUGGAUUCCAUUUUGGAUCAGUUGGCCCUGAUGGAUUGCCUGGUCUACCUGGGUUUGGAUUAGGAUUAGAUGGAUUCCACUCUGGAUCGGUUGGUGCUGAUGGAUUCGGGUUGUUUUGUCCUGGUGGGCUGCCCGGUCUACCUGGAUUAGUUGGAUUCCAUUUUGGGUCAGUUGGCCCUGAUGGAUUGCCUGGUCUACCUGGGUUUGGAUUAGGAUUAGAUGGAUUCCACUCUGGAUCGGUUGGUGCUGAUGGAUUCGGGUUGUUUUGUCCUGGUGGGCUGCCCGGCCUACCUGGAUUAGUUGGAUUCCAUUUUGGGUCAGUUGGCCCUGAUGGAUUGCCUGAUCUACCUGGGUUUGGAUUAGGUUUAGAUGGAUUCCACUCUGGAUCGGUUGGUGCUGAUGGAUUCGGGUUGUUUUGUCCUGGCGGGCUGCCCGGCCUACCUGGAUUCCAUUUUGGAUCAGUUGGCCCUGAUGGAUUGCCUGGUCUACCUGGGUUUGGAUUAGGAUUAGAUGGAUUCCACUCUGGGUCAGUUGGUGCUGAUGGAUUCGGGUUGUUUUGUCCUGAUGGGCUGCCCGGCCUACCUGGAUUCCAUUUUGGAUCAGUUGGCCCUGAUGGAUUGCCUGGUCUACCUGGGUUUGGAUUAGGAUUAGAUGGAUUCCACUCUGGGUCAGUUGGUGCUGAUGGAUUCGGGUUGUUUUGUCCUGGUGGGCUGCCCGGUCUACCUGGAUUAGUUGGAUUCCAUUUUGGGUCAGUUGGCCCUGAUGGAUUGCCUGGUCUACCUGGGUUUGGAUUAGGAUUAGAUGGAUUCCACUCUGGAUCGGUUGGUGCUGAUGGAUUCGGGUUGUUUUGUCCUGGUGGGCUGCCCGGUCUACCUGGAUUAGUUGGAUUCCAUUUUGGGUCAGUUGGCCCUGAUGGAUUGCCCGGUCUACCUGGGUUUGGAUUAGGAUUAGAUGGAUUCCACUCUGGAUCGGUUGGUGCUGAUGGAUUCGGGUUGUUUUGUCCUGGCGGGCUGCCCGGCCUACCUGGAUUAGUUGGAUUCCAUUUUGGGUCAGUUGGCCCUGAUGGAUUGCCUGGUCUACCUGGGUUUGGAUUAGGAUUAGAUGGAUUCCACUCUGGAUCGGUUGGUGCUGAUGGAUUCGGGUUGUUUUGUCCUGGCGGGCUGCCCGGCCUACCUGGAUUAGUUGGAUUCCAUUUUGGGUCAGUUGGCCCUAAUGGAUUGCCUGGUCUACCUGGGUUUGGAUUAGGAUUAGAUGGAUUCCACUCUGGGUCGGUUGGUGCUGAUGGAUUCGGGUUGUUUGGUUCAGGUGGGUUCCCUGGGUUACCUGGGUUCGAAGUAUCUGGCCUGCUUGGGUUGGGGUCAGUUGGAUUCCACUUUGGGUCAUUUGGACCCGGUGGGUUGCCUGGUUUGCCUGAUUGGUUAUUUGGUCUUCCUGGUGGGUUACUUGGUCCACCAGGGUUUUGGUUGUUUUGUCCUGGUGGGUUACUUGGUUGGCUUGGAUUUGGGUUAUUUUGUUUAGGUGGGCUUCCUGGUGCUUCUGGACUCGGGUUGUUUGGUUCUGGGGAGUUUAUUGGUCUCUCUGGUUUCAGGUUGCUAUGGUAG